CGAGUUGAACGGAAGGAUUGGUGCGCGCUUGAUGCGCAGUUGUUUCUGAGCAGUGAUCUGUGUUGAACGCGAUCGUGAUCGUUUCGGUAUAUUACGUUUCGUAUUGCAGUGUUAGGGGUGAUCUCAUUCAGUUGUGCUGAAAGGUAGAAGAUUCUGAAAGGAUGAACUCACGCGAUGCACGUCCCCAAAGGUAACUUGAUCGUCAUGAAGUUUCUUGUAUUGUGUGCCUUCAUAGCAGGCGCGUCUGCAGCCUACUCCAGCUCACAGUACGGUGAUGGUAAAGCGACAGGUCUCUAUAACACGGUGCCCACGACGGAUGGUGCUUAUGCUGAUAAAUUCCCCCAUGGCGGCACAGGUUACAAUGGCGGCUUUACGACGCACUACGUUAGCCCCAACGGAGGUGGCGUAGCAGUUGGCGCUGGAACGGCUAACUUUGCGCCCGGAUUCGGUGGUGGCUUCGGCCCCGGUUUCGGAGGAGGCUUUGGAGGAGGACCCGGUUUUGGGCCCGGAUUCAAUCCUGCCUUCGGUGCACCGACCGUGGACUUCAACAACUUCUUCCAGGGCAUCCAGUCCAACUUUGCAAACGCCAUGACGCAAUCGAGAGCCGGUCCGGGAGCAGCGGUAUCGGCCCGUGCGUCGCUGCUGGGAUCCGCAAGGCAGAGGCCUCGGACGCAAGAUCAGAUCAAUCUGUAUCAACAGCAGUUUGCCGCUCAGCAGGCUCUGUUCAACAACAUCCGUCAACAGCAGGCAGCACUGUCGUCGCUAAAUACCGGCAUUCCAGUGUACGCUUCUAACUUCGCCUCCGGUGGCAACUAUGGCAAUGGAGGUGGUUUCAAUGGUGCCAGUUCGUCCGCUUCCUUUGGACCGGGAGGAUUCCAUCAGACCGCUUCGAUCUAUCCCAACAAUCCGGCCGUACCGAAUGUUGAUACCCGUUUCGGAGGAUCCGAUCAUGGAGGAUCGACUACUGUCCACAGUGGCCAACCAGGUUACGUUGGAGUGUCCAGCUUCUCGUCCUCGUCAAACAUCAAUGGGCAGACGCACCGUGAGGCGAUAACGUCGGUGAACGAUAAUGGCAAAAUCACCACCCAUCGCGUCCACUCCUAAAUGCGUCACCGAAGCACCGGAAGUGGAGCAGGAUGAGGAAGAGGCCGGAGUCUAGCAGUAACCGAUCGCACCGACAUCAACAUCAACGGAACACGGAACACACAUACACCAACGGACAGAAAAUUCGAAAACAAUCCAGUGCCUAUUGCGAUACCGGAGAGCGAUUGCGGUUCGCAGAAGCAGCACGAUCGACUACCUCCAUGUUUACUACGACUCUUGCGUUGCAUAGCAAGCGAUGAUCAUAGAGAGGAGGUGAUGCCUGGAAUUAACACCUUCCUCUGGGCUGGAACGAGCUCUAGACGGUGUCCACACGUGGGACGUUACGUACUUACCGCAGACAAUAUAUCUUCAGGUGGUGUUUUGAUACGUUUUAAACCUGUAUUUACACAUCCCGUCGCUGGAUGUGACUAGUGAUUGAUAAUAAAAAACAUUAAGCUAUCUCAAUAAAGUGCUUAUCUUGCAUUCCACACCGU